GAUGCAUCGAGUUUUUUUUUCGUUUUUUCCGGUUCAAAAUUAAUAUUUUCUUGAGAGUAGUGCAAAAGGUACGCAAAUAACACGAUAAAGUUUGCAACGUUUGUGAAGAAGUUUCCUGAUUUUAUCCUUUGUUUUCUGCAAUAAUUAUUCUGUUUUAUUUUGUUCGUAAAUAUUUCGCUACAAAUCAUGUCUGGAAUGUAUCCCAACAAACGCCUUCGCGAGAAUUUUCACUGCGAGACUUGUCCGGAAUACGGGGCGCUUCCGCUGAUCGCUCAAUGUGGUGAAUGCAACCAAAAUCUUUUCCUAAACUGCCCUCACGACGGAUUCCACGAUGGGGCACGAUAUAUCUGUACUGAUUGCGCAGAACGGUUGUCGAACAAUUUUCCGAUCUGUACAUUCCACGGCAAGUUGGUGACCUAUUACUGCUUGAACUGUGCCAAAGGCCUUUGUAUGGAAUGUGUGCUACGCUCCAACGAUCACACUGGUCACAACUAUGGAGAUCUGGAGAAGAUUUACCGCCAGCUGAGAGACCACGUCACAAAGAAGCUGGACGAACUCAGCGAGCGGUUCAAAAGCCGAGAAGAAGACAGGAAACGAGUGGCCAGGAAUCUGGAGAUGAUAACAGCCAAUGAACAGGAAUUGGUUACGGAAGUGGCCGCCUUGGCUGAAUCGGCCAAGUGCGACAUACGAGAUGCGGUGGCAGAACGCAAAGAGGAGUUGACGGCGCAAUUGGCAAAGCCGAUCAAGAAAACGAUGGACCGGAGGGACUUUGAUGCAAAGGUGAACAGCAUGUCGAAAACGGAGCUCAUCCAAAAGCAUGUUGGGAUUGUGAAGGAAAUUUCACAGCAGAUGCCAGAUCCGGUUGGACAGGCUCACGAAUUGGUCGAGUGCCACAACAUCAGAUGCUCGUUGAUUCCACGCGUUAUCAUGCAACCGCUUUUCGUAGACAACGUCCACAAAAGGAAGUCUCCCAUGUCCUUCCUUAUGUUCGAUGCUUCCGGAUAUCCUUGGUCGGUAACUGCCUUCAUCCAGAAAAAGUUCAGUCUGCAGUUUUUUGCAAAAAACAAAAGACAAGAAAAGUACCCCCACAAGGUGAUAAUUGAGCUUCUUCAUGAUGAUUUCAUGAAGACCUUGAACUAUUCGUUCAUAAUCCAGCGCUCUGAACAGAGUUUGGAGCUGGUCGAAAUGAAGUUCCUGAAGGAAAACGGCUUUAUCAGCACGGACGAACAUCACAUGCUUAUGAUGCGCAUUGGCAUUCGACCAUCCAGCUUGAUCGUGGAAAAUUAUCUUCACAUCGAUGAGAAUAACAAGUACCGGCACGGUGUGGACGAGGAAGUUGCCUCUUUGAAAGAUCAAGUUGACCAGCUCAAGCAACGCUCAUGCAGCUAUUUUUUCCUGACGCUCGCACUGUUGGUCAAAGACAAGGAUUGCGUGUUGUCUCAUCCGCUUGUGGACAGCCAGGGGACUGAGUGGUGUUUACGCUUGAGGCGUAAUGAAAAGGAGACCCGUACCAAGGAAUCGAAAGUUGCUCAUUUGGGCGUUUACAUCGUGCAACUUUGCGGCCCAAAACGCAAGUGCAAAUUCUUUGCCACACUAUUCAACAAUGACUCGGAAAAGAUCAUUCGGAUGUUCGGCGAGGAGAUGUUCGAACUGGACGAACUCAGCUACGGUCAACAUUCGUUCGUCGAUUUCAAGGAAUUGACGGAGGAGGCCGGAUACGUGAACGAUGGAAAAAUGCGUUUCGAGUUCGGAGUCACACCGAUCAUCGGCGAUCCUCCGGUGAUUCCCAUUCCGAACGACGGAACUUCCGCGGAUUUUCUCCGUUGGAGCCACCUCUUCGGCACUUUUGAUUAAAUUGCUUCAAGUUAUUCAUUGAAGAAGAAGAAGUUAUUCAUUCAACAGCAGGAAUUCUAUUUUUUAAACCUUUUUAUUAUAUUCUUAUAUGCGCGGAACGCGAGAAUUAGUUACUAAAUACGAUUUGCAAUAUCGUAUGAAAAAAUAGUAAUAAAGAGAAAAAGUCAUUACAUAGCAGUUUCGAAAAAAAAAGACUGUUGGGUAUCGGCAGGAAUUCCCGGCGGGCUAUUGUGCUUUUAACAUCUUUAAGUUUAAUUUAAAAUAGCUGCAUUGAUAAUUAUCGAGUGAGCACAUAUGAUUA